AUGCACCUGCUCGGCGGCAGCGGGCCCGGUGCUGCCGGCGGCUCCGUUCGGCCGGGCCGGGCUGCGGUGCCCGUGGCGCACUGCGCGCCCUGCCAGCGGUUCUUGUGUCGGUGUUUGAUAUGCAGCUUCCGAGGAACUGUACCGCAAGGCUUGGUCCUGGAACUAGGUGAAACUGUCCAGAUCCUAGAGAAAUGUGAAGGCUGGUACAGAGGUGUUUCCAUUAAGAAGCCCAAUGUAAAGGGGAUUUUUCCUGCAAACUAUAUUCACUUGAAAAAAGCAAUCGUCAGUAACAGAGGGCAAUAUGAAACAGUUGUUCCGCUUGAAGAUUCUGUUGUGACUGAAGUCACAGCGACACUGCAGGAAUGGGCAGUGCUAUGGAAACAGCUGUAUGUGAAACAUAAGGUAGAUCUUUUCUACAAACUGCGGCAUGUGAUGAAUGAGCUCAUUGACCUACGUAGACAGCUGCUGUCAGGUCACUUGACACAGGAUCAGGUGCGAGAGGUCAAGAGACACCUCACAGUGAGGCUGGACUGGGGCAAUGAACAUUUGGGCCUAGAUUUAGUUCCUCGGAAGGACUUUGAGGUUGUGGAUUCAGAUCAGAUCAGUGUUUCAGAUCUUUAUAAAAUGCAUUUGUCAAGUAGACACAGUGUCCAGCAGAGCACAUCACAGGUGGAUACGAUUCGUCAGCGUCAUGGGGAAGCUUGUCGUAUGCCAGUGCCUCAUCACUUUUUCCUCAGUCUAAAGAGCUUCACGUACAAUACAAUUGGAGAAGACACAGAUGUCUUUUUUUCUCUGUACGAUGUUCGAGAAGGCAAGCAGAUCAGUGAGAGGUUUAUGGUGAGGUUAAACAAGAACGGAGGCCCCAGAAACCCGGAGAAGAUAGAUCGAAUGUGUGCACUUUUCACAGAUCUCAGCAGUAAGGACAUGAAGAGAGAUUUGUACAUAGUUGCCCAUGUAAUCCGAAUAGGUCGCAUGUUGCUGAAUGAUUCAAAAAAAGGGCCCCCUCAUUUACACUAUCGCCGCCCCUAUGGCUGUGCAGUGCUGAGCAUCAUGGAUGUACUUCAGUCAAUCUCUGAAAUAAAAGAAGAAAAGGAUUUUGUUCUUAAAGUUUACACGUGUAACAACGAAAACGAAUGGUGCCAGAUCCAUGAAAACAUUAUUCGCAAGUCCAGCACCAAAUACACAGCACCCAGCUCAAACUAUGGGCUUAUAAUAUCUCUUCAGCUUCUUCGUGGUGACAUGGAGCAGAUUCGAAGGGAAAACCCCAUGAUUUUUAACAGAGGUGUUUCUGUUACCAGGAAGCUGGGAUUUCCUGAUGUUAUCAUGCCAGAGAUGAAGAUAGUUGGGUGUGAUAUACGCAAUGACUUAUACCUGACGUUAGAGAAGGGAGACUUUGAAAGAGGUGGGAAAAGUGUGCAGAAGAACAUUGAAGUGACCAUGUAUGUGCUCUAUGCUGAUGGGGAAAUCUUGAAGGACUGCAUCAGCCUGGGCUCAGGAGAGCCGAGCAGGAGUGCAUACCACUCUUUUGUGCUUUACCACAAUAACAGCCCUCGAUGGGGGGAAAUCAUUAAGUUGCCCAUCCCUAUAGACAGAUUCCGUGGGUCUCACCUCCGGUUUGAGUUCAGGCAUUGCUCCACAAAAGACAAAGGAGAAAAGAAGCUCUUUGGUUUUGCAUUCACUCCAUUGAUGAGAGAUGAUGGCACUACCUUGUCUGAUGAUAUCCAUGAGCUUUACGUUUAUAAGUGUGAUGAGAACAGCACAUUUAACAAUCAUGCACUGUACCUGGGGCUGCCUUGCUGCAAAGAGGACUACAAUGGUUGCCCCAAUAUCCCCUCGAGCCUCAUUUUCCAGCGCAGCACCAAAGAGACCUUUUCAGUCUCCACACAGCUUUCUUCUACCAAACUGACCCAGAAUGUGGAUUUGCUUGCCCUACUGAAAUGGAAAGCUUACCCAGAUCGUGUGAUGGAUAUUUUAGGAAGACUGAGACAUGUCAGUGGCGAGGAAAUUGUUAAGUUCCUACAAGAUAUUCUCGACACGUUGUUUGUAGUUUUGGAUGACAACACAGAAAAGUAUGGUCUGUUGGUCUUUCAGUCUUUGGUAUUCAUCAUAAAUCUGCUGCGUGACAGCAAGUAUUUUCAUUUUCGACCUGUGAUGGACACUUAUAUUCAGAAGCACUUUGCAGGAGCACUUGCUUACAAAGAACUGAUCCGAUGUUUGAAGUGGUACAUGGACCGCUCAGCUGAGCUUGUGCGCCAGGACCACAUCCAGGAAGCAAUGCGAGCCUUGGAAUAUCUUUUCAAGUUCAUUGUCCAAUCUCGGAUCCUUUACUCCAGAGCUACUUGUGGAAUGGAGGAGGAACAGUUCCGCUCCAGCAUCCAGGAGCUUUUCCAGUCCAUCAGAUUUGUGCUCAGCUUGGACAGCAGGAGCUCUGAGACCCUCAUCUUCACACAGGCUGCUCUGCUGAACUCCUUCCCCGCUAUCUUUGAUGAGCUGUUGCAGAUGUUCACUGUGCAGGAAGUAGCUGAGUUUGUGCGGGGGACUCUGGGCAGCAUGCCCAGCACAGUGCACAUUGGGCAGUCCAUGGAUGUGGUUAAGCUACAGUCUAUUGCACGCACUGUUGACAGCCGCCUGUUCUCUUUCCCAGAGUCCCGGCGCAUCCUGCUACCUGUAGUUCUUCACCACAUUCACCUUCACCUACGACAGCAGAAGGAGUUACUUAUCUGCUCUGGGAUCCUCAGUAGUAUCUUCUCCAUAAUCAAGACCAGCUCUUUGGAGGGAGAUGUCGUGGAGGAGGUUGAGAUGAUGGUGGAGAGCCUCCUGGAUGUGCUUUUACAAACUCUGCUUACAAUCAUGAGUAAAUCGCAGUCUCAGGAGGCGGUAAGAGGGCAGCGUUGCCCGCAGUGCACAGCAGAAAUCACUGGAGAGUAUGUCUCCUGCCUUUUAUCUUUGCUUCGUCAGAUGUCAGACACUCAUUUCCAGCACUUACUGGACAACUUCCAAAGCAAGGAUGAACUAAAGGAGUUCCUCCUGAAGAUUUUCUGUGUAUUUCGGAACCUGAUGAAAAUGAGUGUCUUUCCUCGAGACUGGAUGGUGAUGAGGUUGCUCACCAGCAAUAUCAUAGUUACAACAGUUCAGUACCUGUCUUCUGCACUGCAUAAGAAUUUCACGGAAACGGACUUUGAUUUUAAAGUGUGGAACUCUUACUUCAGUCUGGCAGUGCUGUUCAUAAACCAGCCAAGUCUCCAACUAGAAAGUGCCACACCAGCUAAGCGGAAGAAGAUCCUGGAUAAAUAUGGUGAUAUGAGAGUGAUGAUGGCAUAUGAGCUCUUCAGCAUGUGGCAGAACCUGGGUGAACAUAAGAUUCACUUUAUUCCGGGAAUGAUUGGCCCCUUUCUUGGUGUCACACUUGUUCCACAACCAGAAGUCCGGAAUAUCAUGAUCCCCAUCUUCCAUGACAUGAUGGACUGGGAGCAGAGAAAGAAUGGCAACUUCAAACAGGUGGAAGCCGAGCUGAUUGAUAAGCUGGACAGCCUGGUGUCCGAAGGAAAAGGUGAUGAGAACUACAGGGAACUCUUCAGCCUGCUAACCCAGCUCUUUGGGCCUUAUCCCAGUUUGCUGGAGAAGAUUGAGCAAGAAACAUGGCGGGAGACUGGAAUCUCUUUUGUUACAUCAGUUACUCGUCUCAUGGAGCGUCUGCUUGACUACAGGGACUGCAUGAAAGGAGAUGAAACAGAAAACAAGAAAAUUGGCUGCACCGUUAACCUUAUGAAUUUCUAUAAAUCUGAAAUUAACAAGGAAGAGAUGUAUAUCCGCUACAUCCACAAGCUGUGUGACAUGCACUUACAGGCUGAGAACUACACAGAGGCUGCAUUUACUUUGCUUUUGUACUGUGAGUUGCUUCAGUGGGAGGACAGACCUCUGAGAGAGUUCCUGCAUUAUCCAUCUCAGUCAGAGUGGCAACGUAAGGAAGGUCUGUGCCGUAAGAUUAUCCAUUACUUCAACAAAGGGAAGAGCUGGGAGUUUGGAAUCCCACUGUGCAGAGAACUGGCCAUCCAGUACGAAAGCCUCUAUGAUUAUCAGAGCCUCAGCUGGAUUCGAAAAAUGGAAGCCACCUAUUAUGAUAAUAUCAUGGAGCAGCAGCGCUUAGAACCUGAGUUUUUCAGAGUUGGCUUUUAUGGUCGGAAAUUCCCAUUUUUCCUGCGGAACAAGGAGUAUGUUUGUCGGGGCCACGACUAUGAGAGGCUGGAAGCCUUCCAGCAGAGGAUGCUAAGUGAGUUCCCACAGGCCAUUGCAAUGCAGCACCCAAACCAUCCGGAUGACUCGAUACUGCAGUGUGAUGCCCAGUAUCUACAGAUCUAUGCAGUGACUCCCAUCCCAGACAAUAUAGAUGUGUUGCAAAUGGACCGUGUCCCUGAUCGCAUAAAGAGCUUUUACCGAGUCAACAACAUCCGGAAAUUCCGCUAUGACAGGCCCUUCCACAAAGGCCCAAAGGACAAGGAGAAUGAAUUUAAGAGCUUGUGGAUUGAACGAACCACUCUGACCUUAACUCACAGCUUGCCUGGGAUUUCUCGUUGGUUUGAAGUGGAGAGAAGAGAGCUGGUUGAAGUAAGUCCCUUGGAAAACGCCAUUCAAGUGGUUGAGAACAAAAACCAGGAGCUGAGAACACUGAUAAGCCAGUACCAGCAUAAACAAAUGCAUGGUAACAUUAAUCUUCUCAGCAUGUGUCUGAAUGGAGUGAUUGAUGCAGCAGUUAAUGGGGGAAUUGCACGGUACCAGGAGGCUUUUUUUGAUAAAGAUUACAUCACAAAACACCCUGGAGAUGCAGAGAAGAUCACACAGCUCAAGGAACUCAUGCAGGAACAGGUACAUGUCUUAGGAGUGGGUCUGGCAGUCCAUGAGAAAUUUGUACACCCAGAAAUGCGUCCCCUGCAUAAGAAACUCAUAGACCAGUUCCAGAUGAUGCGAUCCAGUCUGUACCAUGAGUUACCAGGUUUGGAUAAGCUGAGUCCGGCCUGUUCUGGCACUAGUACACCACGCAGCAAUGUUCUGGUUUCACAUGGACCUAUGAGCCCAGAAAGCAUAAAGCUGGUGCAUCGACACAGCCCACUGAACUUGCUUGGUUCAGUCCGACACUCAUCAUCCUCUCUGUCAUCCCACACCUCCAGUGAGACAGGAAACCUGGUUAUCCUAACAGACAGCUCUGUGGGGGAGACUGCUGAAGACAUGUACCACAUGCAGCUUGUUUACCCUAACUCCAGGUACCAAAGCUCAGUCACCAAUGACUCUGUUUUGUCGUCCCAGGCUAGCCCUUCCACCUCAAGCCUGAGCUCCACACACUCGGCACCCUCCCAGAUGAUUAACUCUGCCCCUUCCAGUGCUCGAGUGCUGGUGAAAGGUGCUGGAUUGACACCACUGGAGGCUGAAGCCCUCUAUUUACCCACAGAGCAGAUACAGCAUGGGCGGCAGCCGUGCAAGUUUCCCCACGCUGCCCCCACCAAUGUGCCUCAUCUCUGUCCUGGAGGGACCACCUCUAGAGGCUCUCCCUCUCUACCAGAUAAGUACCGCCACUCUCGGGAGAUGAUGAUGUUGCUGCCAGCCCAUCGGGACCGACCCAGCAGCGCCAUGUAUCCCGCAGCUAUUAUGGAAAACGGACAGCCUCCAAACUUCCAGCGCGCCUUGAUCCAACAGAUGAUUGGACCAUGCAAACCGUGCAGUGAUCCCAACCUGUCUGUGGCUGAGAAAGCUGUGCCAGCAGCGCCCAGUAGCUGGAGCCUAGACAGCGGAACCAGAGAGACCCUGCCAUUCCUGUCUGCCCACGCUGGGAGCAUCUUGGCCCUACCAGUGCCUCCCCGAAGCCUGCCCCAUGGACACUACUCACUGCACUUUGAUGCCUUCCACCACCAGCUCAGUGAUGCUCCUCCGGCACUGCCUGCACGAACUUUGCGCAAGUCCCCUCUUCAUCCUAUCCCUGCAUCACCCACCAGUCCACAGUCUGGUCUAGAUGGAAGUAACUCCACUUUAUCCGGUAGUGCCAGCAGUGGUGUUUCUUCCUUGAGUGAAAGCAAUUUUGGACAUUCUUCUGAACCACCUCCUCGCACAGACACCAUGGAUUCUGUCCCCAGCCAGGCCUGGAACACUGAUGAAGAUCUAGAGACACCCUACCUCCCUGUCAGGUACAGUCUCUCUGAGCCUGAUGUCCUAGAGUCACUCAAGUCCCAGCCAUGCCGAAGCCACUCUGCUCCAACUGGAGUCAUUCCUCAGGACACCAUGGACCCUCCUGCUCUACCCCCCAAACCGUACCACUCCCGGCUGCCAAACAUGGAGAACGAGGAGGGGAUGAUCAUUGAAGAUGAUGACAAACACCGUCCACUGCAUCGUAAAGUGUCCCAACCAGUGAGUGCUGGAAAGGAAGAGCAGGCCAGGGUAGCAUGGGAGCAUGGCAUCAGUGAGCAGUAGGGACAACUCCUGGUAAGCAGCAGCAUCGUUCCAGGUCUGCCUGCAAAGCAGAGAAAGGAGGACUCGGAGAACAGCAAACCAGUUUUCUACUGCCGCAAGUUUAUGUCUGGAGCCCCAGAGCAAUCGGGCCAGCAUGGGAGGUUGCUGCUUUUGUUUUUAAUUUCUUUUUACACCUUUCCGUUAUGUUUUUUAACUUUCUGUGCAGUGGACAGUUUGCUCCUUCUGCAGUUUCUUAACCACAUUUUAUGGCAGAUGAGCCAUAGAGACUGGUAGAAGCUGAAAAAUACACUUUUGAGCAGAGGGGGGAAAAAGGGGGAAGGUGGCAAGUUGAUUUUGAAACUGCUUUCCUCCUGGUUCUGAGACGCACACAAGUAGAAGCAGUUGCACUAGGGACCUAUUUCUUUGCUGUACAGAAGUGAAAGCUCAUUGCUGAAAUCAGGGAUUCUAUGAACUGUCAGGCUGGAAGGUGCAUGAGCUGUGGAAAGAGAAAUUCUAAGAAGAAAUUGGCUCUUUUGAGAGCAGGUUUGUACAUAUCUGUGCAGUGAUCUCCCUGCAUUGGUUCAUAGGUGCUGAGGCAAUCUAACCAGUGCUGAUGCACUGAUUUCCAAGGUAUCAUUUCCAACAAACUCUGCCUCCUUUGUUUUUUACGUACUGUUUGAUUUCUUAAAUUUGGCUUUCACUGGCUAAACCAACCUGCUUUCUCAUUGGAACCAUAUGCUAUUCAUCUGUGCUACAGAAUGAGAGGGGGUUAGUAGCCACUGGAGCUGCAACCUAAUUGUAGGCCUUUCCCGUGCCCAGCUUUGGGCAGGCUGUUGACACCAGCAUUUCUAUUCCAGUUAAGAAAAAAUAAAAAAAAUAAAAAAAAUAAAGAAAAACACAACCAAAUUGAAUUUCUUCUGCCACAAGCUGGUUGAUUGACCCAGCCAGGAAAAUUAAGGUGGCUUAAAUGCAUCAUAUCCAACAAUCCUUGCCUCAGGGCCAAACAUCACAGUUCUCACCAAGUUCCAUCCCCCAGGAGCUGAGAUUCAUUCCCUGUUAUCAUAAUGUCCUCAGUCCCCACAAAAACCUCACUGCAGCUGGUGUGCAGAAAGAAUCUCCAUCCCUCAGAGUAGACAGAGAAUACCAACAUUCAAGAACUGCCCAGUAUAUAGUGUACACCCUACAGUCAGGGAUCUUAAAGGCAACCUGUAAAGAAGAAAUGUUGUUUUCCUCUUUUGCUUUUUUACAAUGUAUAAAGAAGCUUUAAGAGCUUCUUGUUCUCUAUUCUGAAAGGUUGAUUUCUUUUGUCCUCAGGCAGCAAUACAGCCUUCCCUCCAACCCCUCCAUCACCACCUUUGUUUUUAUUGACAGAUUCCAGAACAAAAGCAAGAAACAGUGGUGAAGACAGUACAGGCCUAUGAACACAAAACAAGCCUUUUAAUCAGCAUUUUCUCAGUUCAAGUACAUGACAAACCAGGAAAAAAUUCUGUGGGUAAUAGAACCAAGAUCUGUUCUUUGAAAAGAAUACUGAGAAAUCUUUUAAUUCCUGUUUUCCUAAGUUUUUUUUCAAGAAACUUUGAGAGUAUCAAAUACUCACUGUAUUUAAAUAAGCAAUGUUCCUUCCCCUGACCAUGCCCACACACAUCUCAGCCUUUCUUAGAACUCUCUUUACCCACAGGCUCCAAAGUAUACUCCAGAGGAUGGGAACAUACCACCCUCUUUCUUACCACUGAAAAGUCUGAAGCAAAUUCAGAUCAGAGACUUACCUCCACUAUAGAAAUUAGUGUCAGAAACAGGAAUAGCACUCAACUUUUAUAAUAAAUUCUUGCCCUAACCACAAACAGCAUAAAGAAGCAAAAAAGGAUUAUUAUAACUCUUUUACAGGUCACCUUUAGCACUACCUCUCAAUACAGGACUGGGCAGAGUACAUUGCUUCUGAACUCUCCUAAAGAUGGUCUGUCUGUACAAAGCCUGGACUCAGCGGUUGUAUGAAGGGGAUUUUAAGAGGAUUUGUUUAUUUUCUUUCUCAAGCUCUAGCCCAUGCAAAACUCCUAAGUUAUGAAUUUGUUUCUUAAAUGGCCUAUUUGGCUGGAACAAAGUCUCUCUUGCUUCCUCUAUUUUGUUACUAACACAGGCUGCUUGUAAUCAUUAUAUCCUUCACAACUAAGACAACAGUAAUAAAACCUGGCCUAUAGUGGAUGUUUCAUCUCCAGCAGGAAGGAAUUUUCCAAUGCUAGGACAGUCCAAACCAUUAAAGAACCAAGCUGGAUCUCUGGUAUAGAACACAUGUGAAAACUCAACUCAAAAUCAUGUUUUUGGUGAAGGUAAGUCAAGAUAAUUCCUCAGAAGUGAGUGACAUAUGUUCACAUACGCUAUUCUCUCCAGUCUGAGUGAGACUCUUCAAGUGAAGGUUUCAAGAGAACUAAGUAUUCAAUUCCAUCUCCCCUGCCCUUAUUGGGGCUUUUUGGGUUGGUUUGGUUGGUUUUUGUUGUUGUUUGGCAGGAAGAUUAACAGUACUACAUGUAGUGACUUACUGAGCUUCCUUAUUGCAAAAACACAGCAGGUCUUGCAAAUAAAACCAAGAAUGCAACUAACAUGGGACUAAAUCCCAGUCAGCUGGAAAACCUGCCCAUUAGAGCUCUAAUCAGUCUCCUAAAACAUACCAUCUUGCUCUGAUGAAAGACAUUAUACUACAGCAGUGAGUCCAUUUUGGGAGUCUGACAUUGCUAUGUAUUUGUAAGGGUUUGAAGAUCAAUCAGAUCAUGUAUAUAAAUGCCUUGUUAACGGCAGUGCCACACAGAGAAGGACAGAAUAAAUUGCUGAAUUUACCAAAUUUAAGCUUCUGUGGAGUUAAAUUUCUGUUACUGUUCUGGUAUCUGCCAAGUGUUCUGUCUCCCUUUUCAGUGCUUGCCUUAAAGGGGACAGAAGACAGAAAGACUUAAGAUUUUGGGAAUGUUGGAACUAAUACUUCUUGGAACUAAUACUUCUCUGUAGGGUGAGGUGUCUUACAGCAUAGUACAACUCCAACACCAAGCUCGGUUCUGGAGUAGGAGGAAGCAACAGCAGUUGUUGUACUUGCCCAGCAGGACUGAAGAUUCCUUGUAUAAACCACAGCAACAGGAUGUUUUGAACAGGACCUUGUCAUUCUAUAUUUAACUGUAAUUCAAACUUAAUAUGUACUUGCCUUCAUUGGGUUUUCUUUGCGUAACAAAAUAGCAUGUGCACUCCUGAGAAAAUUGGUGGAAUUCUGCUACAAAUCUCUCACUGGCCCCAUCUGAAACAAAAAUGAGAAGGAACUACAGUAGUAGAAGAAAAGCAAUUAAAACAAUUUCUCUGAAUCCUACAGUUUUUCUCCAAUGGUUGGGUUGGGUUUAUUACUAUGUGCAAGACCAAGAUUCUUUUCCUCCUUUUGGUUUUUAGCUUACUUACCCUUUCUUAGGUAAGGGAUAUUGCAUAUCCCUUCUGUGGGAGAAUCAGCCAAAACUGGGGAGGCUGGAGAGAGCAAGAGCCUUUGGGAAACAAAUUAUGUGAUAUUUAAAAUUUCCUCUGAUCAUGCUUCUUUGUAAAUACCCCCAUUUGAAUGCUGUGUAUUUGUACAGGAAAUUGAGCAAAAAAUGUAUAGAUUGUGAUGUCUGACUGGUAUUCUGCCCUGUAAAUGUGUUUUUAACCUCUGGCAUUCUGUGCUUAUUUAAAAAAAGGCAAAAACCUCUAACCACUUCUCUUUUGUGUAUUCAUGUUUAAAAUAAAAUGAAAACAGCUAUCUUAUCUAUAAUGGAAAUCCAAUUUAAAAGGAAACAGAAUAAUUUGUACAAGUGUCCUAAAGGUACUUCAUUGUAUAUAUUGUGAUAGCAUGUUUCCAGAACCAACAAAUAAGUGGUGUGAAUUUUAGAUGUAAAUAUCUACCAUUUGUUUUGGGUUUCUUUCCCUUACCCAUUCACUCGACUGCUGUGAUGUGGAAUUAAAGAUUAAUACCUGACAUUAAAACA